CGCCUCCCUUCAUUUUUCUUUCUCCCUUCUUUAAAGAUGACGUUCGUAGUCUACCCGAAUCCCGGCCAUGAGUUUUACCGUGUUAUCUACGACCAGGCCGGUGAACACAUUGGUAUUCAAGCUCGAAACCCAUUCAUUAAUAUCCAAGAACUUGUUCAAACAAGAACCUACACUGAGACCGAGCUGUGGUACGCAUCUCUGCAUAUAAUAUGGAGAAAUCGGCUGCACACGCCAUUCGUGUCGAUCUUCGGAAACCGUGCCCAUGCUGAGGCCUGGGCUUAUUGGCGAGCGAGACAAGAUAAUACGACCUAUGUUCGAUUGGAAUCGUUCACGCUCCAAGCUGAAAUACCACUUAUUUCAGUUGCUAAUUUCGUUCACGCUUUCGGCUUGGACAUGAUGCCAUGCUUCUGGGAUGAGUUUCUUGUUCCUAAUGGAGUCUUGGGCGAAUAUCGUGGAUUGGUGUGGUGCUUCGAUGUUGCACAGCCGCGUAUCGAGAACGCCACCCCUUACGUGCCACCGCAGGAUACUUACGUGCCACCGCAGGAUGCUAGUAUUAUGACAGCAUGGUAGAUGGACAAAAAUUGUUCAAGAUGCCGCAAGAUAAGAGUGGGGUUGCAUAACCUAGCAAGCUGGAAGUAAGUUAGUUUAUCUUAGCCCAUCUGAGGAUUAGCUAAACGAACCAGUACUUGUAAUUCAAUUUAAUACUCACUUUUCCAAUAUACAAUGGGCGCCUUUUGGUCAGCCGCAAGAAGGCGCUUCAGCACAACUAAUUGAACA